AUGCUGCGCGGGGCGGCGGCGGCGGCCCGGCGGUGCGGGCUCGGCCCCGGUGCCGGCCGGGGGCAGGCGGGAGCGCGGCGGUGCUCGGGCGCUGCGCGGCGGCGGCCGUGGGCGCCUCCGGCGGGGCGCGACAGCGGGAUCGUGGCGUACAACAGCCGGAGCCGGAGCAAGGAGCCGCUCGUGCUGGCCACGGAAGGAGUGGCGACCUGGUACAGCUGCGGGCCGACAGUGUAUGACCAUGCGCACCUCGGGCACGCCUGCUCCUACGUUAGAUUUGAUAUAAUUCGAAGGAUAAUGACAAGAUUUUUUGGAAUUGAAGUUAUCAUGGUGAUGGGGAUCACAGACAUAGAUGACAAGAUAAUAAAAAGAGCCAAUGAGAUGAAUAUAUCGCCAGUAGCUCUUGCUCGUAUUUAUGAAGAAGACUUUAAACAAGAUAUGGCUGCCUUAAAGGUCCUUCCUCCUACAGUAUAUAUGAGGGUGACUGACAAUAUUCCUCAAAUAAUCUCCUUUAUAAAAACAAUCAUUUCCAGUGGACAAGCUUAUGCAACCUCACAAGGUAAUGUUUAUUUUGAUGUUAAGUCCUGGGGAAAAAGAUAUGGAGUGUUAACUGCUAUUAACCCUGAUACCCAAGAUGAAGCAGCUGAUUCUGACAAACGACAUGGUAAAGAUUUUGCCCUGUGGAAGGCUGCCAAGCCUCAGGAGCUAUCUUGGAAUUCUCCCUGGGGAAAAGGACGACCUGGAUGGCACAUUGAAUGUUCCACAAUAUCAAGUGCAGUGUUUGGAAAGCAGCUGGACAUCCAUACUGGUGGAAUAGAUCUUGCAUUUCCUCAUCAUGAAAAUGAAAUUGCACAGUGUGAGGUGUAUCAUCAGUGUGAGCAGUGGGGGAAUUACUUUCUGCAUUCUGGGCACUUGCAUGUUAAAGGAAGUCAAGAAAAAAUGUCAAAGUCAUUAAAAAACUACAUAACAAUUAAGGAUUUCCUGAAGAAAUGUUCAUCAGACCAAUUCAGAAUGUUUUGUUUGCGUGGCAGAUACAGCUCAGCAGUAGAAUUUAGUGAGGAGAGCAUGGAAGAUGCAAAGAACCUUCUUCAGGCAAUCUCCUCAUUUAUUAGAGAUGCAAAUGCUUAUAUAAAAGGACAGCUGGUGUGUGACCCUGUUAGAGAAGACAUAUUGUGGGAAAGGCUAGCCAGCACAAAAGUAACCGUGAAGGCUGCGUUUGCAGAUGACUUUGACACCUCCAGGGCUGUUGCAGCAAUUAUGGACCUCAUUCACCAUGGCAACAGACAGCUUAAGGCUGUUACUAAGGAUGCUGGAUCUCCUAGAAGCUCUGUUGUGUAUGGAAGCAUUAUUUCCUAUAUUGAAGGCUUUUUCAGUGCCCUUGGGAUGUCCUUUGAGGAAAGACAGGUGGCUGUGGGAGGAGACAAGUCUGCAGUGCUGUCCAAUGUCAUUGAGGAGCUGGUGAGGUUCCGCUCCAAGGUCCGGCAUUACGCGCUGGCUCUGCCCGAAGCAGCAGACGCUGUGCCAGUGGAGGGUGCAGCAGGAGCCCAGGGAUCCAAACAGGAGCAGAAGGAAAAGAGGAAGCACUUAAUGCAGGAGAGAAAGCCCCUCUUGGAGGCUUGUGACAGUCUGCGUGGAGACCUUGCUGCCUUUGGAAUCCACAUAAAGGACAGAGCUGCUGUUUCAACCUGGGAAAUUGUGGAAGGAGGGCAGACAGAGAAGCAGACUGAGAAAAAAAGUUGAUCCUUCAUCCUUGGACUUGUUUUUUAUCUCAGCUACUUCAGCAACUGUUGUAAAUACUAAUUCUUUCAAAAUAAAAUCUGUUGAACAGAAUGGCUAAAAAGGAUAGCAUGUAAUUUGAGCAAAACUGUUGGCA